CCAACUCAACAGUUUGCCGAUCAGCCUCAUAUGGAAAGAAGCAGAGACUCAAUAGAAACCUAACAGAAAAUAGACGAGCAACGUCCUGAAAAUCCAUCUUCAUCCAAGGGCUAAAUUGCUAAAUUUGUAUCGCAAAUAGCAAGAGCAUAAAAUACACACGUUUAUCUUUAAAAUAAGCCAAAUAUUAUGAUUUUGUGAUAUCAGGAGAAUUUUAAAACGAGUGGUGAAAGAUAAGUAGAUUGUUGGACUGAAGCAACUGUAUUGAGAGACACAGGUGACAGAAAGGAUCGAGAAAUUGCACUAACUUGGAGGAAUUGUGCUAAAGUUCGGUUUACUUGUUUACACUCACACAUCAUUGGACUUUUAUCCGAUAUUUUUGUGCUAGCGAGCUUGCUUGCUAGCCAGAAAUUGAAGUUACAGUCAUGGAAUUGAGAGUGGGAAACCGAUACAGACUGGGCAGAAAAAUUGGAAGUGGAUCCUUUGGAGAUAUUUAUCUGGGUACUGAUAUAUCUGUGGGGGAGGAAGUGGCCAUCAAGUUGGAAUGUGUGAAGACCAAGCACCCCCAGCUCCACAUCGAGAGCAAGAUCUACAAAAUGAUGCAGGGAGGAGUGGGCAUCCCCACCAUCAAGUGGUGUGGAGCGGAGGGGGACUACAACGUGAUGGUGAUGGAGCUGCUGGGGCCCAGUCUGGAGGACCUCUUCAACUUCUGCUCCCGCAAGUUCAGCCUGAAGACCGUCCUGCUGCUGGCUGACCAGAUGAUCAGCAGGAUCGAGUACAUCCACUCCAAGAACUUCAUCCACCGCGACGUGAAGCCGGACAACUUCCUGAUGGGGCUGGGCAAGAAGGGCAACCUGGUCUACAUCAUCGACUUUGGCCUGGCCAAGAAGUACCGCGACGCCCGCACACACCAGCACAUCCCCUACCGGGAGAACAAGAACCUGACCGGCACCGCCCGCUACGCCUCCAUCAACACACACCUGGGCAUCGAGCAGUCGAGGCGUGACGACCUGGAGUCUCUGGGCUACGUCCUCAUGUACUUCAACCUGGGCUCUUGGCAGGGCCUCAAGGCCGCCACCAAGAGGCAGAAGUACGAACGCAUCAGCGAGAAGAAGAUGUCCACCCCCAUCGAGGUGCUCUGCAAAGGCUACCCCUCCGAGUUCUCCACGUACCUCAACUUCUGCCGCUCGCUGCGCUUCGACGACAAGCCCGACUACUCGUACCUGCGGCAGCUCUUCAGGAACCUGUUCCACAGGCAGGGCUUCUCCUACGACUACGUCUUCGACUGGAACAUGCUCAAGUUUGGCGCCAACAGGGCAGCGGAGGACGCCGAGAGGGAGAGGAGAGAUCGCGAGGACCGUCUCCGGCAGGGCAGGAACCCCGCUUCCAGGGGGAUGCCCUCAGCGUCCGGGAGGCCCCGGGGGGGCCCGCAGGACGUGGCGGCGCCCUCGCCCCUCACCCCCACCUCACACACAGGUAUGGAGCGGGAGCGGAAGGUGAGCAUGCGCCUGCACCGCGGAGCCCCCGUCAACAUCUCCUCCUCGGACCUGACAGGCCGCCAGGACACCUCCCGCAUGUCCACCUCACAGGCGCUGUCCCGUGUCACCCCCAGCGGCCUGCAGUCAGCGGCCCCCCGAUGAGCCUCGCCACACGCCUGCGCCUUGUCACGGAGGGGCCUUUCACCCAUGGCUGACACCAUGACACCAUGACACACACACACACAAUCCAGGACUUGUGCGGCAAUCACCAAUUAAAAGCAAUCGACUCCCUACGCCGGCCAAUCUGACAGCAGGGGGAGUUGGUCUCCAUCAGCUGAGCGGUGAUACAUUGAGUUUAGCUGAGUACACACACACACACACACACACAGCUCUCAAACAAUCCCACACACACUUAGGAGAGUGUUUGGCCACGCUCUUUAUCACCGUCAGGGGAUUCCUGACUGUGAACGAGAGGGGGGCAGGGCUGGAUUUUCUCCUUCUCUGCCUUAACAACCAGGCACGCCCACAGCAGCCUCUCUCUCCCCCACCCCUCCCUCCUCGUCCCCCGUCCCCCCCCCUCUGCCUCUCUGGAGGACACCAGCUACAGGGGGGGGGGGGGAGCACACCAGCCUGCUCUGACGCCCCCCACUCCCCCAGCAACUCUCUCACUUACAACAGCUCUCCCUCCCCAACGCAAAACACCACCACACACACACACACUCAGAGCCAGCCGACUUGCGCUGCUGCGCCGACUAAGCCAUUCGUUUUGUUUCUCUCCUUGGUUUUGUCGCCAGAGCUUUUUCUUCCCUCCCGCUCUCCCUCCUUUAGUUUUUCUGUUGUUGUAUUUAGCAGAUUAACAACUUUGUUUGUACUGGCUCCAUUCUCGUGAGUACAUCGGCUUUGUUUUCAUCCUCCUGUGUCUCAACGGUGGGAAUUGUGAACAUGGAUGGUGUUUCGGAAGCAUGGGUUUCAUGUUUUCACUCUUGGAUUCUCUUUAAUAUUUUUUUUUUUUUUUGUGAAGAAAAAAUAAAGGGGGGAGGGGGGGGGUGGGUGAGGCGGGCGGCAGGAAUUGAUAUUGCGAGUACAACUUCUGAACUGUGUGUAACUUCUGAGCAUCAAUUUCAAGGGUCAGUACAACAGGGCUGUGUUGUAAAAACACUCCAAGUCCCACAAUUCAAUGUUUGUUUCUUAAGGGGAGUCCAUUCUUCGGGGAGGAAUGGCGGGAAGUUUUGUGUGUAAAGCGUUUACAUAAAAGUGCGUUCUGUUGAUAUUUAGACUUGAUGAAAAGCAAUCCACCAUCUCUUCUUGAUGUUUGUCUCUUGUUAGUCCUGGUUUAAGGGUUUUUGCCCCUUUGUGUACAUUGAGGAUGGGUGGGAAUGGCGUGUCGUCCACAUGGAGAUGAGAACAUGCUCCUUCCCCUCGCCGCCGUCUCCAGGGCAACGCGUGUUGGGUCUAAAAGCUGUGAAACACUUGUGAUGUAAAGAUGUUUUUUUUUCUUUUCUUUUUUUUUUCUUUUUUUAAAUUCUCGCCCUUGACCCUUAGCGGUCAGUUAAAGGGUUUGUGUGUGAGCGUGUGUGGAUAGGAGACUUGUGAGGUUGUGGGGUGUGUAUUGGCAUGUAGUGGGAUGUAUAGCAGCCUGGAGGAGGGGUUAAGACUGAAGGGUCAGUGACUGGUUGAAGUCACCCGUCACUCACAUUGACCUGGGAACUGAGACCAGCACUGGCAGACUGACAUCCAGUAAGAUGCAUUCUUACUCUUUCUAAAUAAACCAUCUCAACUGACAGUCAGCUAUUAGUAAACCCCAGUCUGAUGUACCUAUUUGAACCUGGAAAAAAUGGCAAUAUGUUUUAGUCUAUUUUUUAUUAUUUUUUGAAAGGUUAUUGGAUGUUAAAAAAGGCAUUAGGCUUUGAGUGACAGUUGGUCAGCGCAGUGCAGAGAGUAGGAUAGGUUCACCUGCACGUCACUAUGGAUCUGGGUUGGUUUUGAUCCUGGCUGGUUUUUCAGUCAACCUUUUCAGUGGACCCCAGUCCACCCACCUCUAAUAAUCGGUAGCACCUACCCUCGAAUCUCCUUCGCGAGGCCUACCAUGGGUUGUCACAAGAAAGACAUUGAGGCACCAUGCAUGUCGUCACAUUUUACACCGGCAACAGCUUCUCAAGGUGAUAUCGAGUACCGUGUUAACCGCCAUAUCAUUCAGUGUAGUAAAACAGUCCCGAGUUCUGUCGUCUAGGGGAAUGGGGUAGUUUAGCAAGUCCUCUGUUCUCGUAUGUGUAUAUAGGAUGUGCCUACUGAAUGGCGAAAUACUAUGUCUGCAUUAGCCACUGUAUGCGUGUAGUUUGAUGAUAAUGAAGGUAGUGUACGGAGGGGUUCGGAAUGCUUCGCUCCAUUGUAGUUCCGGGUAACGUAGUUUUGAUCCUCGAUUGGUCUCCCUGCGGGAGAGAAAGAAAAAAAAAAGAAGCUCCCAUCUUGUUUCUCUUGCAGAUGUGGGUGAUGAUAAACAAGUACCCUUCAUGUGGGAUCACAUUUGCCCCCCCCCCCCCCCCCCCACCCCCCCCCCUCACAAUUAUCUCUUUUGUUUGACUUGGUUGAUUUUGAUUUGCGGUGGACACUGCGGUGUGGAGACAAUGGGUGGCGUCUGAGCACGCAACGCUCGCGGGGAGCCAUGGAAUCUCGCCAUGAACAAUAUUUUUUUUUUGCUCCUCAUUUGUAAUGCCACUGUAUUUGUGUAUUUUAAAAUUGUGUAAAUAAAUUAAUAAGUACUUGUA